UCACAAUAAACUGUCACUUGAGUGAAGGCAAUAUAUCGUGGUAUUCUGCUGUUGGUUUGUUAAAAUUGUUUUUAUACGUUUAUACUUUUUUUGGGAAAACUAAUUACUAAAAAUGAGAAAUACGGACACAUGCAGAUUAGAUACAAAGCAGUGAAGUAAUUGAUUACAUUGAAACCAAAGUUGCUAUUAUAAUUUGGUUUUUGCCGGGAAAUACUAACUGCCGAAAAGUCAACUAGUUGAAAGUAAACCAUAGUGUUUUUUCAUCACAAUGUCCAAAUCCUAUUCGGGGAGAGAUCGUGAUAGGGAACGCGACCGCGAACGUGAACGAGACCGUGACCGAGAACGAGAUAAGGAAAGGGAGCGUGAAAAACGCCGGUAUUCUAGAAGCAGAUCAAGAUCUCCAAAAGAAAGUAAAUCUUUCCGAAACGACAAUGGUAACGGUAGAGGUCGUGAUGAACGCAAAAAAGACAGAGAACGAGAUAUUGAGCGUAGUAGACGUGAGGAUAAACGCCGAAAGCGUUCUAGGUCAAAAUCAAUUCCUAAAGAUUAUGAACGAGAGAAAUCGAGAUUCAUAGAUCGUGACAGGGAUAACGCAAGAGAACGUGAACGAGAUAGAGAUCGAGAACGUGAACGGGAUCGAGAGCAACGUGAACGGGAAAGGGAGCGGGAAAGAGAUAGAGAUCGUGGUCGAGACCGGGAACGUGAACGCGAGCGCGACCGCGACCGUGAUCGGGAACGGGAACGAGAUCAGGAUCGAGAAGUGGAUAUGGAAAGUAGGCGUAGUACUGUACAACCCAUUGUAAAAACAGUCGUUGAAGAUCCCAGUAGUUCUUCAGAGGAAGAGCUCGACAAAGAAGAGGAACAACGCCGUCUUGAGCAAGAGAUGAUAAAACGAAGAGAACGCAUUGAACGUUGGCGGGCGGAACGUAAACUAAAAGAAUUAGAAAUUAAUAAGAAAGAUUUGAAACCUCUGCCAAUACCAAUACCAUCCAGCACAACUAAAAAAUGGAGUUUGGAAGAUGAAUCUGAAGAAGAAGAUAAUAACGGAAACCAAACAGCUCCAGUAACUGAUAUCAAAAAAGAACCGGAUUCCCCGCCACCAAAAUUCCAACGUUUGAAAAAAUUGCAAGAGGAUGACGAAGAUGAAAAUGAAGAGAAACCUAAAAUUAAAAAGCUAUCCAAACUUGACGAUGACGAUAAUGAAGAUGAGAAGGCAAACAAAAGUGAAAUUGAUGAAAAUGAUGACAUUGAUCCCUUAGAUGCUUAUAUGCAAGAAGUUGACAAAGAAGUGCGAAACGUAAAUCACAUUGUGACACAACCGAAAAAACAGCAAGGCGUUGUCAUUCUCACGGGUGUAGCUAAAAAAAGCACAGAAAAGCCAAAUAAAGGUGAGCUUAUUGAACAAAACAUGGAUAGUCUGGAAUAUUCCAGUGAGGAGGAGCUGGAAGACAUUAAAGACACUGCCGCCAAUUUAGCCAACAAGCAUCGAAAAGAAUUAGCUAAAAUCGAUCAUUCGGGCGUAAAUUAUGCACCAUUUCGUAAGAAUUUUUACGUUGAAGUACCAGAGUUGUCGCGCAUGACACAACAAGAGGUUGAUAAAUAUCGUGCCGAUCUGGAGGGCAUACAAGUAAAAGGCAAAGGUUGUCCUAAACCAAUUAAGACCUGGGCACAGUGUGGCGUGAGCAAGAAAGAAAUGGAUAUUUUGCGCAAACUAGGGUUUGAAAAACCAACACCCAUCCAAUGUCAGGCGAUUCCGGCUAUUAUGUCUGGACGAGAUUUAAUAGGUAUUGCUAAAACUGGCAGUGGCAAAACGCUCGCAUUCAUUUUACCAAUGUUUAGGCAUAUACUGGAUCAGCCGCCAUUAGAGGAUGGUGAUGGAGCUAUCGCUAUUAUCAUGGCGCCCACACGUGAGCUCUGUAUGCAAAUCGGCAAGGACAUACGCAAAUUCUCGAAAAGUAUUGGACUGCGGCCGGUCUGCGUCUACGGUGGCACUGGCAUAUCCGAACAGAUAGCUGAAUUGAAACGUGGCGCAGAGAUCAUUGUCUGCACACCCGGUCGCAUGAUCGACAUGCUGGCGGCUAAUUCUGGACGUGUCACAAAUUUACGUAGGGUAACGUACAUUGUGCUGGACGAAGCUGAUCGCAUGUUUGAUAUGGGUUUUGAGCCGCAAGUGAUGCGCAUCAUCGAUAAUGUGCGGCCGGAUAGACAAACGGUGAUGUUUAGCGCAACAUUCCCACGUCAAAUGGAGGCACUGGCGCGACGCAUACUUAAAAAGCCCAUUGAGGUAAUUGUCGGUGGACGUUCGGUGGUGUGUAAAGAUGUCGAACAAAAUGUGGCUAUACUAGAGGACGAGGCGAAAUUCUUCAAGCUUCUCGAGUUGCUCGGUGUAUACCAGGAACAUGGUAGUAUAAUUGUGUUUGUGGAUAAGCAAGAGAAUGCCGAUAUAUUACUGAGAGAUCUUAUGAAGGCGUCGUAUCCGUGUAUGAGUUUGCACGGCGGCAUUGAUCAGUUCGAUCGUGAUUCUACCAUACUUGACUUUAAGUCAGGAAAAGUGCGUUUGUUAAUUGCAACAUCUGUGGCUGCACGCGGUUUGGAUGUGAAGGAUUUGAUACUUGUGGUAAACUAUGACGUACCAAAUCACUAUGAGGACUAUGUUCACAGAUGUGGACGCACCGGACGUGCCGGAAAAAAGGGUUGCGCUUGGACUUUCCUCACCGCCGAACAGGCGCGUUAUGGUGGUGAUAUCAUACGUGCGCUUGAAUUAUCCGAAGCAAAAGUUCCUGAAGAUUUACAAAAGUUAUGGACUGAGUACAAAACUGCACAAGAAGCCGAAGGCAAAAAGGUUCAUACUGGUGGUGGCUUCAGUGGCAAAGGCUUCAAAUUUGAUGAACAAGAAGCUAACGCUGCCAAGGAAAGUAAAAAGUUACAGAAAGCAGCACUUGGUCUGGCCGAUUCCGAUGAUGAGGAAGAUAUUGAACAGGAUAUUGAUCAACAAAUUGAACAAAUAUUCGCAGCGAAACGUACAGUCAAAGAUACUUCGGUACCAACACCAGCUGUUACAUUGACGGCAACCACAGGUACCACUACUUCUACUGUAAGCAACGUUACAGUUGCCAUUUCUGGUUCAGAUAAGUUAGAAUUGGCUAAACGUCUCGCCUCGAAGAUAAGUACAACAAAGAAUUUAAUGACAGACGGCAAACCACAGGUGUCCGCGGAAACUAUACUAAAGGGCGGCAACACAGGACAACCAAUGAUAACGGCACGUUCCGUAGUCGAACAAUUAGCUGCUAAAUUAAAUAACAAAUUGAAUUAUCAGCCAAAGGACGAUGAAGAUGGUGCAAAUCCGUUGCUACCAAAUCAACCUAAUUCAUUCACAAAGUAUGAAGAAGAGCUGGAAAUUAAUGAUUUUCCUCAACAAGCUCGUUGGAAGGUCACAUCCAAAGAAGCAUUAGCGCAAAUAUCGGAAUAUUCCGAAGCAGGGCUGACCGUACGUGGUACUUAUGUACCACCAGGUAAAAAUCCACCUGAAGGUGAGCGUAAGUUAUACUUGGCCAUCGAAAGCUGUAGUGAAUUGGCAGUUCAAAAGGCAAAACGCGAAAUAACACGUCUUAUCAAGGAAGAACUACUGAAGUUAAGUUCAGCGCAUCACGUUUUUAAUAAAGGCAGAUAUAAGGUGCUCUAGUCGUUCAUAAUAAUAAGCAACCAUCAUAUUAUUUUGUAGAACCUAAACAUUAAAGAUAAUGUAUUAAUAAAUUGGGGUGUCCUUUAAGGAUAAAUAAAUCUUGUAGAGCCCCUUUACAUUUAAUAAA